GAUUGUCGUUUAUUCACAUGUUUCGUUUACAACCACAAGGCGCUAACGUGUAAGUUUUGUAUCGGCGCGAAAUUGGAACUAAGCAAAGUUAUAAACCACCAUCUCCUUCUCCAUCCCCAUUCCUACUUGUAACAGUUACGGUUAUUAUUACAGUUGCAACUGCAAAGCACAAUGGCGAUAGAACAAGAACAAGAGAAUGCAAAUUCCAAUGGAAUCAGAGUCCAAGGCAUGCAAUUCUCAUACGACGGACUACAACAACCACCGCUUUUCCUCGAUUUCAACCUCCAAGUCUCUCCUGGAUCUCGUUGCCUCCUCGUCGGUGCUAACGGAUCCGGGAAGACGACUUUGCUGAAGAUUCUGGCUGGGAAACAUAUGGUUGGUGGAAAAGACGUUGUGCGCGUGUUGAAUUGUUCAGCUUUUCAUGAUACUCAACUUGUUUGUAGUGGAGAUCUUGCUUAUUUGGGUGGAUCCUGGAGUAAAAACGUUGGCUCCGCUGGAGACAUUCCACUCCAGGGAGACUUCUCUGCUGAACAUAUGAUAUUUGGUGUUGAAGGCGUUAAUCCUGACAGGAGAGACAAGUUGAUUGAGCUGCUUGAUAUAGAUCUGCAGUGGCGAAUGCAUAAGGUAUCUGAUGGGCAGCGGCGUCGAGUGCAAAUCUGUCUGGGUCUUCUUCAUCCGUACAAGGUUCUUUUGCUGGAUGAGGUUACAGUCGAUCUGGAUGUUGUUACUCGAAUGGAUUUAUUGGAAUUCUUCAAGGAAGAAUGUGAGCAGAGAGAAGCUACAAUUGUAUAUGCCACUCACAUUUUUGAUGGACUGGAGACAUGGGCGACUCAUUUGGCAUACAUACAAGAAGGCGAACUGAGAAGAGCGGAAAAAUUGUCAGAUGUUAACGAGUUGAAAUCUUCAAUUAAUCUGCUGUCUGUUGUUGAGUCCUGGCUCCGCGCUGAAACAAAGCUUGAAAAGAAGAAACCUGUCCUUAAUACAUCUCAAUCUCAAGGGAAUUCUUUUGCAAGCUCUCCAUUCUUUGCAUCCAGACACAUGGCAUACUAUCGAUAAUCUCUAUAGAUACCAAUUGCUUAUGAAAAUAUGUACUGUAAGAAUCAAUUGUUAUUCCAUAUAUGAUGAUACAACACCGAAUAAUUUUUUGCUAGGUUUUGCAUCUGUAUUAGUCAUGAUUAAAUGUGUAAUCUUCCCUUAUUUAUAGCUAUGUCAUCAUUCUUUUCAAGCUCCUAUCGAGCAGAUUUUUAGUGGCUUAUUGUUUUCUUUGGUUUCUCUUUAUUAUUUAUUUGUAUGCAGUUGAUAUAUGUUUAAACAAUUAUACAAAAUAUUCGCCUUUUUUA